AUGUAUUUUUAUUCUUGGAAAGCACGGGGGGCUUUCGACCCUAACAAUGAGACUCAUAUUUAUGCACUACACUUCGUAUUUCUUCCACUGAUAAAUGUAGCACUUAGUGAACUAUCACGACAAUGGAAUGACCAUCCUGUCACAACAGAAUCAAACUACAGUCCCAGGCAGCUGUGGACACAAGGGAUGCUUCAGCUACGCAGCUCUCAGUUAUCUGCAGUCAGAGACGUUAUUGAGGGUGAAAAUUUAAAUUUUGUGGAGUUUGGUAUUGAAGAGGAAGGUCCUGUACCCUCUAUAGAAGUAAGUGAGACAGUUUCUGUUCCUGAAUCACCCAUACAAUUGUCUAAUGCUGAAGUGCUAUUACUAAGACAGGAGGUUUCUGCAGUGCCUGUAGAUGAGUAUGGAAUAAUGUCUUACUUGAUAGCUUUGGGAGUACUUGGAAGAAUUGAACAUUUAUAG